AUGGAAGUUUUUGGUAGGGCUCCACCGUACAAGUACCCCUCAUCGCCGACCCCGCAGACUCGCCGUGACAACUCACCACCCAUCAUGGCCGACGAUGCAGCUCAAUCCGAACGAUCCAACUCCCCCGUGGCCUGGGCCUCGGCUUCGCCAGCUCUGACUUCCUCGUCGGCAUCCUCUCUCUCCGGCAGGUCGUCAGGUUCGCGGUUAUCGUGGGGCGCUGCCGCCAGCGGCGUGCCCAACGGCCGGCGUGGUUACAUGCGCCCAGAGGGCACCACGUUUGCCGAUUCGGCCAAGAACAGAGAGAGUGUCAUGAGCCUUGGCACCAUUGCACACCUGCAAUACUAUUUCGCGAGAACCGGCCUGCUGGAUGAGAAGGGUGGGCGGCACAACAAGGAGACCAAGCGUAAGAAGAGCAACGGUCCCACCGAGGGACCCAAUACGGCGGCGGAUCGCUCUCACGAGAGCUUUAGGCACAGCUUUUUGUCUUACUCGGAUGACAAACGGGCCAGCUUCAUUUCGUCGUCCGAUGAUGCCAUCAUGGACGAGCCAGGAAUGGUCGAGAGUCCCGUGGCCGAAGACGAAGACGGCGUGUCUUGGAACAUGGGCCCAAUGCUCCCGCCCACUGUCAGCACAUAUAAGAACAAAGUGAUCUAUGUGCCGCCGCCUCCGAAUAUGAUCGUUCUCAGGCGAGAGCUCAGAGAGGCCUUGGACGAUGCACGGAGUGUCCUGUCGGAGACGGAGAAGCCCGAAUCUAUGGAGAAAUACAAGCGGCAGGCUGCCGAGAGCGAGAAGGCGGCAGCCAAGGCCGCUGAGAAGCAGCAGCGGGAAGACGCGCUGGGCGCUCCUCCUACGCCCGAGGAAGCCGAAGCGACGGAGACAAGCCUGCAACUAGUCCAAGGUUGGCACGAAAUCCAAGGUCUCCACGUCCUCGACAAGGUCACGCUCGCGAUCCGGGCAGCAAAGAACUAUUACACUGCGCACGAAGAUCCCCAACGCCUAUACGCGAUCAAGUCCGAGAAGAGCAUCAGAAGCGAGCUAUACCAGGUUCUCGAGGUGUUGAAGCGGAUGGCAGCGCGAGACUUUGUCGGAGGCAUGCGUGACAAUGAACGAGAGCCCGUGUUUGCAUGGAUCACGGAAAUUGAGAACAUGAUCAAUGCCGAGCAAGAGAAGGAAAUCGCCGAGGAGCAAAGGCGCGAACGGUGGAGCUGGCGAGAGGGCGACUGGGAUGGCAGGGAGCGCGAGCGCGAGCUGCUAUUUCUCAAAACAUUCGACGAAGACCCCGACAACCUGCCGGAAUGGACGGAUCCCGGCGAGGCUCGGGAACUACCGACGCCCUUCCUGCAAGCAUUCCAGAGCGGGCUCAGGCUAGUGCGCCUGCACAACGAGCUAGUUAGGAAGUCGCGUCGGCAGUUUGAGGAGAUCAAGAUCUACCACACGGACACGUCGCUGCCGUACCGGUGCGCGGAGAACCUGAGGUAUUGGGUCAAGGCGGCGGAGCUACGGUGGGAAAUCAAGCUGAAGGUUGACGUAAUGGCGAUCGUGCACGGCGAGAGCGACGAGGCGUGGAGGGCGUUUGACAUGGCGCUGCUGCGGUGGUGCAAGGGCGUGCGGGAGGAGAUCACGAUGGAAUGGAAGAAGUCGAAGCGCCAGGGGCUGCUGAGGCCGCCGACGCUGGUGGUGGACAGCGAGGCGCAAGAGAAGGUGGCGGCGGGGUUCAUCUGA